AUGACUAAACAAACCAAGAAGGUAGGGAUCGUGGGCAAGUACAGGAUCCACUAUAGUGCCUCCCUCUGGAAGAUGGUGAAGAAGAUUUAAAUCAGUUAGCAUGCCAAGUAGUGCUCCUUCUGCAGCAAAACCAAGAUGAAGAGGCAUGCCAUGGGCUUCUGGCACUGUAGUUCCUACAUGAAGACAGUGGCCAGUGGGGCCUGGACAUACAACACCACUUCUGCUGUCACAGUUAAGUCUGCGAUCUGGAUGCUGAAAGAAUUGAAACACCAGUAG